GUAGUGUCUGCAUCGUAUCCUCACAUCCAAGAACUGGCUCACAACUCAACACUAUGGCUGUGCUGAGACUCGAUGGCUCUUCCCAGAAAGUGAUAAUCUUUUCCGAGCAGGAAAUCUCGCAGAAUCUGUGAGUCUUCAACCCCAAGUGAAUAUUCAUCUGUUGGUUUCUCUGAAUUCAUAUAGAAGGUGGUGUUGGAACUGCUUAGUCAGGGUCGUCUAUUCUCAUCUAUCAAUUGUAACCCCUUUUGACCCUUAUAUAUCUCCACCAUGAGUAAGUCUAAAGACAAAGAUGAUAUUCCCAACAGCUUGUCCAAUAGGGAUGCCAUUGACGUGCCUGAUGACCUCUCUCUGAGCGACUCAGACCCCGAAGAGUCUCCAGAGCCCUUCAGCAGAAAGGUUGAGGAAUUGUCGUCUUCCUCAGAAGAAGAAGAGGAGAAGACUCAGAAGGACCAGGCUGCUCCUGAAGGAAAGCCUGCUUUCAAGUUGGCUGGUGGGAGUUCUGGAUUCUCGUUCCGCAGUAGGAGCAUCUUUGAUCAGCUGGAUAGCGCCAUUAAGCUCACUUCCAAUCAGCUAGCUGAUGAUAACGUCCUUGACGGCACGUUCGCUCGGCCUGCUCCGCCAUCUCCACCGCGGCCUGCUCAAGUGACAGGUGGAGGGGCUUCAGAGAGAACCAAGAAAGCUUCCUCAGCCAAGAAAGUACCAGACUAUCUGGCUCAUCCUGAGCGCUGGACCCGCUACAACCUGGACGAUGUUCCUGAAACCAGUGACAAAAAGAACAGCCAAGUGGCCCAUGAAUUCAUAAGUGGGCUCCAGGAUCGUCGGAGGUCCCAGGAGGCUGCUGAAGACACUUUCACCCCAGCGUUCAACCAAGACCACAGCAGCAGCUCUGAGCAUAAGAUCGUCUUCACCAGGCCCAGUCAGGUCUCUAGAGAUGAAGGCCAAUCUGCACACAAAAUAGAACAAGGUAAGAAGAAAGAGAUCGGCCUGUUUCAUUUGGAUGAAGGCCAAGAGGAAGAGGAAGGCGGGAAAAUGGACUUUCUUCACCAAAGCUCUACAUCAAAGGAAAAGACAAGGAAGAGAAUGCUAGAGGAGGAGGAAGAUGACCUAAAAGAAGAAGAAGAAAAGGCAACUAAUGUUGCUUUCAGCUUUGGAAAGAGGGUGAAACGCAAGAACUUCCGCAAAGCAGCUGAAGAAGAGGAUGAGGACUGAAAGAUUUUGACAUUCACGGCUCUAAAGUCAGCUGUAUUUGUAUAAAGUGCUCAAAGUAGUCCUGGGACAUUUCUUUAUAGAGUAUACACCAAUCAGCCGUUACAUUAUUACCACCUCAUUGUUUCUUCUACACUCAUUGUCUAUUUUGUCAAAUCCACUGAUUAUACUGGAGCACUUUGUAUUUCUAUAUACUUCUAUAUACAGACUGUAGUUCUCUGCAUAUUUUAUAGUCAUUCUUCCCUCAUCCUGCUCUUUAUUGUCAGGACCCCACAGGAUAGACCACCACAGAGCAGCUAUCAUUAUUAUUUGGGUAGGUCAUACUCUGGAUGACAUGGUGGUGGAAUGUUAGAAGUGUUUGUUGUGCUGGUUAUACAGUGAGUGGACUAGAUACAGCAGAGCUGCUGGAGUUUUUAAACACUGUGUUUAAUCACUCACUGUCUUCCACUCUAUUACACACUCCUACCUAUAGCUGCUCCACCUUAUUGAUAAAGGAAAGUCAGAGACAGAAGCUCUGAACCUGUUGCUUCACUAUUUGUGUUGGUCAUAGAUCUACAAAGUGUUCCUAUAUGGUCAGUGGAGCUGAUAAAACAAGAAGGUGGUGUUACCAUAUCUACUAUUCUAGAUGUGUCAUUAAAUAUAUCUGGUUUGAACGUUUGGAUUUGUGAUGUUAGGAUCUAAAAGGAGUUUUAAAAAUUAUGUUGAGAUCUAAUACACCAGAACAUAUGUACGUUUGAAUAUGCUAAAGCACAAUUUUCAACAAUUCUUAAGAACCAAUUACGAGUAAGCUGUCCCAAGACUGCUUUUAAGCACUGUACCCCCACCCUAAUAUUGUGUGAACACUGACAGGUGUUGUCCUCUAUUUCUAGCUAUUUAGUUAGGUGUUUGACUGCAAAAACAGGCAAAAAAGGCAUGUACCUAAAACUUCUAGGUGCAGAAGAUCCAGCACUUUGUGUGAUUUCUUGAUUUUGAGUUCUAGAGUUGAUAAAAAUACAUUUGUCAUUUUUUUCAUUGUUGAUAUGUAUUAAAAUAAGGUGACAUGAAAAAACAA